CGACGCCCUUGUUUGAUGGUUUUUUUUUUUAGUAUUUCUAUCGUUUUUACAUUCAUACUUCAGAGGUCUUUAGUUAUUACAUCAGCCUGUAAGUGCAAAGCGAUCUUUAUCUAAUCACCAUUAACCCCGGUGUUGGAACGUCUAAGUGGAUAACAACUGAGACGAGCCUGAGAAUUUAAUCCUUUUUGAAGUGUUGUGGUCAGAUAGCGUCUAAUCGAAAUUGGCAGCCGGUGGAUAGAAAUUGGGUUCUGUGAAGAAGUGUAUGCUCGAUGUUACUCUAGUGCUAUUAAUGUGAUCUAAAGGGAGUUUGCUGUCUUCGACUCCGAGGAGAGACUGUAGAUUGUGCCGCAGCGCACACACUAUAGGCGCAAAAACCGUGAUGACCAUGCCUGGUAAGAGGUGAAGGAUAAUGAUGCGCCGAUAAGGCGAUGAACGAAGAUUUUUCCGAAGUAAAGCCUUGGCUUCAGCCCAGAUCGAAGGGUUCUGAUAUAAACUCUAGGGCUUUCUACAGGUUCGUGAAUUGCACGGGAUUUGAAGUCGAGCUCUUUUGGUUAGAUUUCGACGGAAAUCGGGUUAGUUACGGUAUAUUAAAGUCCGUCGGGCAUGAUACAGCCCUUAACAUUGAUACCUUCGAAAGCCAUCCGUGGCAAGCUGUACCAUAUACGCCAAGGCCAAGAGAACAUAACGCAGCCGAAGCCGUCGCAGAGACCUAUCAGACAGCGUUACCUCUGAACGGAAAAUUUUUGCUGUACCCUAGUGGCGCUAAUCGUCGCGUAAGAAGAGUUGUCUUAAUAACUCGGUUCGUUAGCUCCCUGAAGUCACUCUGCCUGCAAACUAUUUUGCGGGCGUGUCCGGAAGACCCCGCUCGUCUACGUGAGCUCGAAUUGCCAUUAAGCGUCCUACGAGAUUUACGCACAUUUGCCGUAUACGGCUUCUGUCCCUAACACGAGGCAGGUCGAAUAUACUUGUUUAUAAGGUGAACAUAAAUUAGUACUGGGCCAUCACGGAGGCCGACACCAAUCCCCUGAUGGCCGAAACGGUGGUCGUGCGAGCAGCGCGCCCACGUAAACCGCACGACGCGAAGCAAGGGGGGCAGGAUUUGAACACUACAGGAACCGAAUCACUUGAAGUUGGCUUUGUUCAGAAUGGCCGCCACAGUUGGACCCAUGAGGUACCAUCCGACAAUGGUCUUCGAGGAGGUGCUUCUGGCGACGGCGGUAGUGGAUUAGCGAAUCCGUUAGAGGAGGAGGAGCUGAAGUACGGUGCCAAGCAUGUAAUCAAGCUCAUUAUACCUGUAUCAUUAUGCAUGCUUGUCGUGGUGACGUCCAUCAAUACGGUUACAUCGUUAGCCGAGAGCAAUGGACAGUAUCUACUCUAUACGCCAUUUCAUGAUCAAAAUGUUGACACCACCACAAAAGUCUGGCAGAGCUUUGCCAACGCCUUCGUCUUGAUGAGUGUCAUCGUCAUCAUGACGGUUCUACUCAUCGUCCUAUAUAAGUCCCGCUGCUACAAGGUCAUCCACGGUUGGUUGAUCAUGUCCAGCCUUCUGUUGCUGUUCCUCUUCGCUUACCUGUAUGCCUACGAAGUACUGACCAACUAUAACAUCGCUGUCGACUAUAUAACAGUGGCCCUAUGUGUGUGGAACUUUGGCAUGGUAGGCAUGAUUUGCAUCCACUGGAAAGGCCCGCUACUUUUGCAGCAAUUAUAUCUCAUCAUUAUCUCGUCCCUCAUGGCAAUGGUAUUCAUCAAAUACAUGCCGGCAUUCACCGUAUGGGCAGUUCUAGCAGUUAUUUCGAUCUGGGAUCUAGUGGCGGUUCUAUCUCCGAAAGGUCCUUUGCGAAUCCUUGUUGAAACGGCGCAGCAACGUGACGAGCCUAUAUUCCCUGCACUCAUCUAUUCAUCGGCGAUGGUCUGGAUUGUGGGUAUAGCUGACAAUGACGGCCAGUGCCAGGUCGAGGCUAGUCGAGGCGAAGGUGUCUCUGAAACUCAUCAAAGUUGGCUAUGCCAAGACAGCAAUGGGUCAACAACUGUAGUCAAUGACUCACAAGCGACAGGUACAAGCACUUCAAGGGGUGGAAGUCAUGAAAGAGGCGGUGAGUUUCUAGACACUGAUGACGGAUCUCAACGUCUAUAUCACCGACAACAACAGAUACAGCAAGGUGAGGAAGAAGAACGGAGCGUAAAGCUUGGCCUAGGCGACUUCAUUUUCUACUCGGUGCUCGUCGGUAAAGCAUCCUGGUAUGGCGACUGGAAUACGACACUCGCCUGCUUCGUCGCGAUCUUGAUCGGACUCUGUCUGACGCUGCUGCUGCUGGCAAUUUUUCGCAAGGCAUUACCCGCUCUACCUAUUUCUAUCGCAUUUGGUCUCGUUUUUUAUUUUGCAACAUCCACACUCGUACAGCCAUUCACCGAGGUUCUUGCUGUGCAACAGGCGUACAUAUGAGAUGGCAGCCAAUGUAUUACGUCCUGAAAUGAAAACGGUGAGAAAGAAUAAGUGACCUUUUUUUUUGACUCCAUCACUGUUCGCAGAUCAGACAAACGGCGACGACAGUAUAUAUUGUUCGACAGAACUUUCGAGUACUAAUUGACAGACGUAUUAUUAUUAUAGUUAAUAUUGUAUGAGCUCGUGAGUCUAUCAAAGUGGUUGGUGAAGUAUGCGGAUGUAACUUGCAUUUGCUCGCUAAUAUAUUAGCUCAAAUAUUAAGCCAAACACAGUGGAGAAUGUAACAGAAACACAGGGAAAGCUGCUUGAUUAUUUGAUUCUUUCGAAGUAAUACAAAAAAAGAUUGAACAUCGCUGAAAUGUCAUUAUAGUAUAUUCAUGCGGUAUACUCCAUAUGUACUGGAAACAUCUACCGACCCAACAUUUGACGAAACGUUUUUAGGCCGCAUAUGUUUUCAGUGUUGCAUGAUAAGCAAAAACUUAGGUGAAUACCGUAUUCAGCCAAAGGUUCAUCUAAGAAAUCAAUUUAUAUGGCACUUUUAUGCAUAGACACCGGCAAAUGUUCGAGCAGUAAUCCGUAAAAGACCUUUACGCUUCUGUGAAGCAAGGAGGGUAUUUUCCUCAACACAAAUUAUGCCUAGGGGCGGACUUACACGCUUGGAAUGCAUCAGUUAUCUCCGUUUAAUAAACGGUUGUACGAGCCUGAUUGACGCGUGUGUACAGAAAACGCUGUUAAGAAAAAUGUCUGUAAAUGAAUAAUGUACUAAGCUUUACGCCCAAUGAGAGCAGAAAAAUUAAAUAGAUAUCUAGGUGAUUUUUUAGAUUUGGGUAAGAUUGAUAUUUUUCUUCAUAAAGAAAGACUGACAUGGUUUAUUUGGUUUAUUGUUCAGGAAAGAGCACACAUUGCAUAUUCAGGACGAAUAUGAAUACUAGUAAAACAACUUAUCUUUUGUCUUUUUCCCUUAUAUUUUCCAUACAAUUACUUAGGAAUACUUAGGAAUCUUAUUGAUGUUUAAGCGAAAAUAAAAUAUGAACUAUACAGUGAAGAAA